UAUAAAAAAAUUUUCACGAAAUUUAAGCCAAUGACUCUCAGCUAAUAUAAAACAAAUUGUGAAAAAAAUCGAAAUAAGUAUUGUACCAUUCUCCAAGUCAUAUCCCUCGCAAAUCGAACCAUGAGACUCAAAGGGAUUUACGUCUUCCCCCUGUCUUGUCACCGUUCUCAGUUGAUCGAAGACCUAUCUUAUCGAGUGGCUUCUUAUCGGCGUGGCUCUUCUUUUAACGUGCAAAGCAGUUUGUGAUAUCGUUGCGGUUGCUGGACAAGACUGCAAGGAAAAACUAAACUAGAUCAGUGAAUUCGACGCAUCAACAGGUUGACGAUGCAUAAGCAAAGUUGCGCGUUGUGGUGUUGCACGCUUUUGCUCGUCGCUUCAUCCUUAGAACUUCGACAAAAUUCUACAAACGAUGUCGAUAAUUCGACGGUGCAAUAUGAAGUUUAUUUAAACUCUACAAAGAAUCGCGAAGAUAAAGUGGAGUUGCUGCAACAAAAUUUGCGUGAAAAUUCCUCCAAGGAUAAUAACAACGAUGUGCAAUAUCACUUCCAUACUAACUCAACUAACAACCGUGAAGAUGAUAAUUCGACGUAUGAAUUUCGCAUGCAAUCGACGGAUCACGAGGAAACCAAUCAAAUGUUAAUGGAACUUCGUAUGAACUCUACCAAGGACAACGGCAAGAACAAUUCCGUGCCAAUUGAUGGAAACUUUACGAGAAUCGAAGACAAGAAUUUAACAUUGUAUGAACUUCCUGGAAACUCAACACAAACCGAAAGUAACAAUGACUCGACAUCAUAUGAAUUCCAUGAAGAGUUCAGUAAAAAUGAUACCAAAAACAAUAUUUUGCCAUAUGAAAUGUGCAAUAAUAAUAACUGCAUUCAACUCUGUUGCCCUCUUGGCGAUCGUUUGGUUAAAGAAAAAUGCGUACGUGGAGAGGGUAAUUAUCCCUUUCCAGAUGUAUAUAGUUACACAACGAGCGAUUUGCAGAGCGAAAAUAAAAAAGUGGACGAACUAUUUCAACUGGUCGUUCACGAUCCAUGUCGAGAAACUGAACGCUUUUUGCUUGAUCCCAACGAAUAUCCGGACGAUGAAUACAUGUUUCUCAUCAAUGGCUCUCUGUAUCAACCACGUCACGAGAAUUUUCUUAAACCGACAUCCUAUUGUCUCGCCGUCGUGCGGGACAAGUUCGAAGUGACCGUUUGCUUCGACUCUAUAAAUGAAACAGAGAUAAUUGAAACAAAUCAUCAGCUAACUAGUAAACCCGUGGGUCUUAUAAUAUCCCUGCCGUUUCUAUUGGCGACAUUUGUAGUGUACUCUAUACUGCCAGAGCUUGGAAACAUGCACGGCUACACGCUACGCGGAUAUGUUGGAUCGUUGUUCGUAUCGUAUACGGUUCUCGUCGUGCUCCAGUCAAUCAGUCCAAAUGAUAUAAAGAAAUCCAUCUGCAUUACACUGGCCUUCUUCAUCCACUUUUCAUUUUUGGCGAGUUUCUUCUGGCUAAAUGUGAUGUGCUUCGACAUUUGGUGGACAUUUGGAGGAUUCCGGUCGUUACAAGGAAGCGUGAAACAACGAGAGAAAAAAAAGUUUAUAAUAUAUUCGAUCUAUGCGUGGGGAAGCGCCUCCAUCCUCACUAUUGUCUGUGCUAUCAUGGAUUUCGUUCCUAAUGUACCAAAGGAAUUUAUUCGACCAGAAUUCGGUGAAGCGACAUGUUGGUUUAAUACGGACGGGGCGAAGGCGUUGUACUUUUAUGGGCCCAUGAGUAUCACUGUUAUUUGCAAUAUUUGCUUAUUUAUUUCUACAGCAUUGAAAAUCUUGCGCCAUAAAAAAGAUACAGAUCAUCAUCUGAAAGGUUCAGAGAGCCGGCGUCAUGAUGACAAUAAACAAUGGUUCAAUCUGUAUUUGAAGCUAUUUAUCGUAAUGGGCAUAAAUUGGUCUAUGGAAAUAGUGUCCUGGCUGUUCAAGAAUGAGCCAAAGUAUCUCUGGUAUCUCACUGAUUUGACAAAUACCCUGCAAGGUCUCAUUAUUUUCAUUAUCUUCGUGUGCAAGAAGAAGGUCAAACGACUGCUGUUGAAGCGAUUCGGUUUCCAGGAUCGCGAUAUAUUUUCUAGAAACUCGACACGCAGUGUCGCUUAUCACAGUUCAGCUUCACGCACUUGCACGACAUCAAUUGCGUCAGGAGUGAUACCUUUGCAGGAGAAGGUCAAUCCAUACGUGCAAACGAAUUGUCGUGGGAAGAAUUCAUCUGAUGAAGCUGAUCCUUAAUGCUACAACACACCAAAAAAGAUUUUAUCGCGUAGAGCAGGGAUCAAUGGUUAAACUAUCAACUAACUAUAUUUAAUUUUCACGGUUAAACUAUCAACUAACUAUAUUUAAUUCUUCAGACGAAGAUUAAUUUCAAAUUAUUAUACAUUGAUCUCUUAGAAGGCAGAAAUGGCAUUACCUCAAAUUUUCACAUAACAAUUUUCGUCUUUCUCUUUUUAUUUCUCUCUCGUUCUCUCUCCUG